AACAACGAAACUCACUGCUGUUAGUGUGAAAUAUGGCAUCCCAGAUUCAUUUUUUGGAUAUCAAGGGCAAGUCCUUGUUGUCCAGAGACUACAGAGGCGACAUAGACACCAGUGCUAUAGAAAAGUUCCCGCUUUUGUUGUUGGAGUUGGAAAAUACAUCCAACUCCACCGGCUCAGCAACGGAUGAUUCGAAUUAUAGACCCUUCAUACAUCACCAAGGAGUCAACUAUGUGUUCAUAAAUCACAACAACCUUUACAUAUGUGCAUUGACAUUGAAGAAUGAAAACAUCAUGUCCAUUAUAAUAUUUUUAUCCAAGCUCGUGGAAGUUUUGACUCAAUAUUUCAAACACUUGGAAGAAGAAUCUAUCAGAGAUAACUUUGUAAUUAUCUACGAAUUGCUUGAUGAAAUGAUGGACUUUGGGUUGGCUCAAACCACGGACACAAAGAUAUUGAAAGAAUACAUCACGCAGGAUUACUAUAAAUUGAUCAGAAAUACACCGUCUAGAGUUGUCCAGCCGCCCAACGCUGUGACCAACUCGGUUAGUUGGAGAAAAGAAGGCAUUUUCUACAAGAAGAACGAAGCGUUUUUGGAUGUCAUCGAAUCUAUCAAUAUGUUGAUCAAUGCCAAUGGCCAGGUGUUGAAUAGCGAGAUCUUGGGAGAAGUCAAAAUCAAGUCUCAUUUGAGCGGUAUGCCUGACUUGAGAUUGGGCUUGAACGAUAAAGGUAUAUUCAACACCAAUGAGGAGACCGGUGGCAGCACCAAUGCUAAAGGUAUUGAGAUGGAAGACAUCAAGUUUCAUCAGUGUGUUAGAUUGUCGAAGUUUGAAAACGAGAGAAUCAUCACAUUCAUUCCUCCGGAUGGGGAGUUCACAUUAAUGUCUUAUCGGUUGUCUUCUACGCAAUUUUUGAUGAAGCCAUUGAUUGCCGUGAACUGCAAAACCAAGGUUCACAAGCAUUCGAGAAUUGAAAUCUUGUGCUCGGUGAAAGCACUGAUCAAAAAGAAGUCCACUGCCAAUAACGUGGAGAUUGUUAUUCCAAUUCCUGAUGAUGCCGAUACUCCUAAGUUUGUUCCUGAGUAUGGGACAGUCAAAUGGAUCCCAGAGAAGUCGUGUAUCAUUUGGAAGUUGAAGACAUUCCCCGGUGGUAAACUGUACCAUAUGAAAGCCGAAUUGGGCUUGCCAGCCGUUGAUAACGAUGACAACUACAUCUUAAAGAAGCCUAUUAAGGUGAAUUUUUCCAUUCCUUAUUUCACCACAUCCGGAAUCCAAGUGAGGUACUUGAGAAUCAAUGAGCCUAAGUUACAAUACCAAAGUUAUCCAUGGGUCAGGUACAUAACUCAAUCUGGUGAAGAUUACACCAUCAGAACCAAGUAGUACAUAAUUCUCAGUAAAGCUAAAUAGAUAUUUUUCGCACCAGUG